UUUUAUAUGUGAUACACAGGUGCUUUAAAACUGGAUAGGUUCUGUGCAUGUUAAGUGCAAUUUAGUUUUUAUCGUCACGCUGUAAAGCAAGAAGUUCUCCUGUUUUGGUGUGUGGAUGUAAAUUUCAUUGCAUGCUUCAUUUGUAAGUCCUUCAUCAAGACUACAACAAGAUGGCUCAAACUCUCCAGUGCCAGUCAUGACAGCAGUGACUCAGAUCAAAGCAUGGAUACAUCUUCUAAUAUGAUCAGAGUGUUAGAUAAACAUGGAUACACCCUGCAGAAAGAACUUGGGACUUCAAGAAGAGUGUUUCUGGUCACCGACACAGAUGGAGAUCCCUAUGUGGUCAAACAGAUGAAUUCAAGAGAUAGGAGGGAGCUGGACAGAGUCCAAAAGGAAGUCAAGAUCUUGAAGACAAUAAACUGUGGAUAUAUUGUUUCUUAUGUGGAAUCAUUUGAAGAUAAAGAAGCUGAGCUCUUUUAUAUUGUGAUGGAGUAUUGCGCAGGAGGAGAUCUUAAUGAGAGGAUGAAAGCACAACAAGGCUCUUUUGAAAAGGAUCAGAUUCUUGACUGGUUUGUUCAGAUUUGUAUGGCACUGCAGUAUAUUCAUGAUGACAGGAGGAAUAUUCUUCACAGAGAUAUCAGACCUCAGAAUAUUUUUCUGACUGAAGAUGGCUACAUCAAUCUCGGAGAUUUUGGAUCCUCAAAAGUGCAGAUAAGAGCAGAUCCUUUUACAAGCUCAGUUAUGAGUGCAGAGCUCUAUCAAAGCCCAGAAGUUUAUAAGACUUCCAAAAGUGAUAUUUAUUCACUGGGAUGGGUACUCUAUGAUCUCUGCAUGCUGGAUGUGUGGUCAGAUAUUGAUCAACGUCGCUUUCAACAAGCCUCCCACAAUGUAGGAAACUCUCUUCAAUUCUCAAAUACGUGUUCGCCGGAUCUACAGGCAUUGAUCAAAGAAAUGCUCAGCUUGGACCCUACAACCAGACCUUCAGCUGAUGACAUUCUAGUAAAACCUUUCCUAGAAGAUGCUGUAAACAGAAACAAGACAUUUCCAGAAGCACUGAAUCGAAGGUUCAUGAUGUCCUUAAACAUAUUUGAUGAGACCUACAGUGAGCACUAUGAUAAAUUUAAGGCCUUAGUUACAGAGUGGGGAGAAACAACAGAUUCACUAGAGAAGAUCCAUCAUAAAUGCACAGCAGGCGCUCUGUCAGGUUCAGUGAUUGGUGCAGCUGGAGGAAUCACUGCAGUGGUUGGUGCCAUUUUGGCUCCUUUCACUUUUGGAGCAUCUCUGAUAGUUACAGGUGUUGGUGUUGGAGUUGGAGUUGCAGGUGGUAUAACAGGUGCUGCCUCCAGCAUUACCAAUGCAGUCAAACAAAAAUCACUCCGUGAGAACAUUGAAAGAAUUCAGCUGAACUUUGAAGAUGUGAGACCAAUUCUCGAUUCACUGAAUGCAAUGAGAAAGGUAUUGAGAGCAAUCCAAAAAUUCAGGGAUUUUGUCAGCGACUCUUUUGACAAUGUGCAAAUGUCACGCAAUGUAGAGACAAGAAAACUAAUGUGUGCCAAAGAACUCCUGAAUCUAGGUCUACUGGCGAAUGUUGGCAGGAUUGCUGGUCAAACCGCUAGAGUAGGACGGGCUGCAGCAGCAGCAACAGCUGCAGUCACAGGAGUGUUGAGUGGGAUCCUAGUCAUUGUUGACACCGUCUUCAUAGUGCAAGACUCCAUAGACAUUCACCAGAUGAGACAGGGAAAAGUAGAUGACCCAAAAAAGGUCAAGUCAAGUUUACUCAAGUCCAUUGCUGAAAUGAGGAAAACACAUAAAGACCUUUGCAAUGUCUUAAAGGAAAUUAAAGAAACAAGAGAGGAUCUAAACGACUAUAUAGAAGUGGCCAAGGCUGAAAGAGGUUUAUACCCCGAUUUAGAGGGUUUACACAUAUGAACGUGGUACCAGUCAGAAACUCAUGCAACAUCCUAGAUUUGUCUGUGAGAAGAAAGAGGGUUUUGCUGAGAUUGGUUUAAAUGUCUAUGUUGUACUGAGUCAAACAAUAGAAGAUGUGUGACGUACGAGGUCAGACUUCUGCAAACAUUCCAUAUUGUAAAUAUCAGCUAAUAUAUAGCAAAGGCUUUAAAUAUACAAAGAUAGUCCCACCUUCUAAAUAAAAGAGCCAGUCAUUGGAAAUGUUAUUGGAUCACUGAAGCUGAGAGUGCAAAGAGGUGUUUCAAAGAUGGCCACUGACUUGCCGUAAUGGGGACUUUGCUAUACAUCUAUUAUACAUAAGGCACUUACUUUAAAAAAAAAAAAAAAAGGAAAAAAAAAAUUACAUGUACAUACAUACAUGGAUUUCUCUUCUUAAUGUCAUUCUAAUGUUAAUUAAUUUUCAGUAUUGAAUGAGUGACCACAUUCCAGAGGUUAGUAAUUUACAUAAAACACACCCAAAUAAUCUUCAUUUUAUAUAUAUAUAUAUAUAUAUAUAUAUAUAUAUAUAUAUAUACAUACAAUAAAUGGGUCAAAAUUAUAAAAAUUUUUUUUUUUUUUAAUUUCCUGAAAAUAAUUAUGCUUGUAUUACUUGAAUGUAUUCUUAAUUGUCCUUGCAUAAUCAUGACACAAUGGGCAUAAUUUACAAAUAAUUUGAUAUAUUUUAUUUGUUUGUAUUUCACUUAAAAUCUUUAAUAAACAUAAAGCAAAUUAAAGCGAGUCUGAUGUUCUUGUAAAUGAAUGAACUGAUUUAAGAAAGAAAGAAAGCUGAAAGGUUGCAUUGGCCAGAAAGUGCCUGGUGAUGAGUCAAGAUAUCGGUACUAAAUUUCAAAACUUAUUUCACAAUCCUUGGUUUUUGGCCUUUAAUGAAGACAAGCAACAGGAACAACUGCUGUGUUUAUGAGAUCUUCAUGAUAUGGUGUAGAUUUGUUUUCACAGAAAUGACUGGAAUAGCCAAAAUCAUUUUUUAGAAGCUGUGUCCGUGUAGCAUGUUCUCAGAAGUGACUGAUCAUGAAAACAAUGUACGGUGCAUGUCAAGAUAUGACUUUUUGAUCAAUUUGAAAUCUGAAUUUGACGUUGAAGUUUAUUUAUUUUUUCUGCUUAGCAAUACGGAGACUGAAUUAUUGCAAAAAGUACAUUAAAAUAUAAAAUUGCAAGAAAACACAAAUACAAAAUAGUCAAGAAAUAUAAAAACAGAUAUUCAAAACAUAUUCAAUAAUACUACACCAAAUGAUAAUAAAAUAUAUACUUUGACACUGCUACAAAUGACAGACUGUGCAAUUUAUUUAACUCUGCAACACAUUUAACUUUUACCGCUAUAUCUGCUGCAGAGUAUCCAGUCACUUUUACUUUCAAAAGAUGCAAUUUUGGUCAAGGCCUUAGCUUGUUAAAUUCAGUUCUAGUAAUGAUAUUAACUUGAGCUUGUGUACUGAACAUGAAAGCCAGAGUUUAGUGAAACUUGAGGUGCUUCUCAAUAUGGGGAGUAUUGAUGGAACAACAACAACAUCAUCAUCAUCAUCAUCAUCACAGUGCAUUUAGAGAAUUAAUAUCAGUCAAAAUUACAGAUCUGGAUAUUUCUCAAGGUCAUGGACUGGAGGAUGGAGGAGCGAGGAAAUAUUGAAUAUUGCCCGGGCUAAAAAAAGCCUUAAUUAACUCCUGCCAAUUAAAUACAAAUUUAGCUAAAGGC